AUGCUCUCAAACAAAACAUUGUUUCUUCCAAAAAGUGCGGUAGGAACUUUGCAAAACUAUUAAAUUAAACCAAAAAAUGGUUACCAAAGUUGCUGUAGUGACCGGUGCAAAUAAAGGAAUAGGUUUUGCAAUUGUCCGAGGCCUUUGUAAGAGAUUCGAUGGCGUCGUUUACCUUACAUCCCGCGACGAAACUCGAGGUGAAAACGCUGUGAUCCAACUUAGCAAAGAGGGCUUACACCCAAAAUAUUACCAGUUAGAUAUAACUAGCGUGAAAAGCGUAGAAAAGUUUCGCGAUUACAUUAAGAAAGAGUACGGCGGCAUCGAUAUUUUGGUAAACAACGCGGCAAUUGCGUUUAAUAACAACACGAAAGAGCCGGUAACAGUGCAAGCCGAACAGACUUUGUUCGUGAAUUAUUUCAGUCUUCUGUCUACUUGCGAGAUUUUAUUCCCUAUACUGCGCAAUGGGGCUAGAGUGGUCAAUAUCUCAAGCUCAUGCGGCCAUUUGACUCAAAUACCAGGUGUGGCUUUGAGGAACAGAUUUAAAGACCCUAAUUUGACCAUUGAGCAGUUGGGAGAGUUGAUGCAGGAGUAUAUAGAGGCGGCUAGGAAGGGGACUCAGGUGGCGGAAUGGGGCAACUCGUCAUAUGUGGUGUCUAAGGUUGGAGUAACAGCGCUGACCAAGAUACAGCAACGAAUGUACAAUGAUAGAGGUAAGUAAAAGUUA